CGUAUCUCUCUGGCCCCAAGCUAAACAUGCCACAUCGGAGAAGACUGAGAGGAGUGUCAGAUUGAGAGGCAAACCAUACCUCCUCCUUCUCAUUGACAAACAGGCUGGGAGGUGCGCUCUCACAAGGAGCUUUCAACCUUUUACGCACGGCAGGCAGAACCAAUAAGAAUCUUCUUUUGUCCGUUCAGCCUUAUCGUAGGCUAUUUCAGAUCAAUUCUGAUUGAAAAAACACCUGCUUUUUGUCAGACUAACAAACUUUACCGUGCGGGACUGCAAUUCCUUUAUAUAAUGUGACGAAGCAGUCGGUGAUCAUGCUGUCUAGUCCGGCCGUAACCUCCUCCUCCUCCUCCACGCCUUUCUCUGUCAAGGAUAUCCUCAAGCUUGAGCUCCAGCAGCAGUCUCACCAGCAGCGGCACGUGUCUCUGGCUCCCCUCGGUCCACCGCUCUCCCGCCCGGGCAAACUUCAGCCACACAACCCCUUCGUGUCGCGGUCGCCCCCAGCCUGUAUGUUGACCGGUGGGGACAGCGCAAGCUCGAGCCCUGGUUUUUCCGAGGGCGAGGAAACGAUGUCGUACCUGAACACGCUGACGGUACAAGAUCGGUUAGUGGAGUCCGUUGUCCCCGCGGAAAUCUUCACACAGUCAGGACAGAGCAACUCUGCGGACACGAGCCUGGACACCGAGGUGGAAGACCUUGAAAAGAGUUGCGGCGGCACCUUGCAAAAGGCAGAGUGUGACGAGUUCGAAAACGACUCGGAAAGACUCCCUAAACAGCCGAGAACCAGACGGAAACCCAGAGUCCUCUUCUCCCAGACCCAAGUGUUUGAGCUGGAGCGGCGAUUCAAACACCAGCGCUAUCUGUCAGCCCCGGAGAGAGAGCACAUGGCCAGCUCCCUCAAACUUACCUCCACCCAGGUGAAGAUUUGGUUCCAGAACCGGAGAUACAAAUGUAAAAGGCAGCGGCAAGACAAGACUCUGGAGAUGGUCGGCCACCACCACCACCCUCCGCCGCCUAGGCGAGUGGCUGUCCCUGUACUGGUCCGAGACGGGAAACCUUGUCUGGCUGGAUCACAGACCUACAACACCCCCUAUACUGUUGGGACUCCAUCCCCGUAUAGCUACAACGGCUACCCGGCCUAUACAUAUAACAACUCAGUGUACUCUAACUCGUAUUCUAGCCUACCUUCUCUUGCGCCCAGCACCACUGCUAACGCGUUUAUGAACGUGAAUUUUGGGGGUCUUGGUUCGCAACCCUCGGCCCAGCCCUCUCAAGGAACGACGGUCACACCCUGUCAGGGAACACUGCAAGGUAUCCGUGCCUGGUAACGGAGGAUAUAUCAGUUAGUGUUUUUUUAAGACACUUGGAUGAUGACCCGAGCAGAAAUUAUUCAGGGGUGUAUUUCGGACCAUGAGCUCUCCAUGCAUCGUUUCUCGAAGGGAUAGUUUGGGCACCGACAAAGAGGGCGACUGUGGGCUACACUGUAAACGCAGAUAUUGGGGCCCAGUUCCCCCGGAUUUACCCAUUUUCGAAACCUUUCUGCCGUAUCUUUUCAGCGUAGGCUACUACCUUGCCUGUAACCUGUUUUAUGGUUACUGUUUUGUAACCAUAAAACUUAUGGCUGAAUAUGUCCGUAGGCCCACUGAACAGUAAUCACGGGAGGACAGGGGUUUGGUAAAUUGAGUGCCGCUUCACAGUAGGCUAGAGCACUGAAUCCUUUUUAUUUACACGUAAAAUUCUGUGAAACACACAGUUGAAUUCUUGUGUAAGUUGAAAGAGGAUAUAAUAGUCACAGGAAAGGCCUUUCGAUGGGAACCUUCCAUGUGCAGCACGACUGUGAUCCAAGGUCUUUCAGCGUUUAACUCCUAUUAUUUAUCUGGUUUUACCAGAGAUACAGAUCCAUUACAUUUUGAUUACAAGUUUAUUGUUAUUAUUAGGAUUAAGAAUGCAUCCGCAUGGAGAUUUAGUAUUCAUAUGUGCAUCUUUAGCCUACAUUGUCGAACUGCUUAGAUUUGUGAACUACAGUAGCCUUUGGCUAUAAGGCCCUAUUCUGACAAUUUCGAAAGGCCAGUAGGCCGCGCAACAUUUUCAAUGUCAAGUUCCGUGAAAAAAACAAAAUAGCCUACAACUGUUUAUAGGUCACGUAGACUUCUGCGUCUAAAUACUUGCACUCAUAUUAAAGACAGUACUGUAAAUUAAUGUGGUUAAACGUUGAUUUGUCUCAUGUUACAUAAAUAAUCCACCAAAAUAUGCAUGGGUGGUCUGUUGGUAUUGAGGGGUCUGUGUGAAAUAACAUUUCCUUAAUUGUUCGGCAAAGAGAAAUUGUCCAUCUUCUUGACCUAUAAGGGCGGUUUUCCAGGCCUGCUUUCUGGGGUAAAUAAGACGCAGAAUGUUAAGCUUGAGACAAGAACCAGAGCAAACUGAAUUCCGAAUCUUCAGUCCGGCGGGAGACGGAUACUAACCAGACAGGCAGCCCUGAAAGAACAAGUUCUGGGCGAGUCACAUCGCCAGUGCUGCCAAGCGGCCAUUUCUGUCACAAUAGCUUACAGGAAAAUGUUUGUAGGCAAACGUAUUAAAUCAUAGCAUAGGCUCACAGAGUUCAAAGAUAUGCGUAUAUUACACAGAGAUUUAAUUGUUCGCUUUUAAAAACUGACACGAUUUAGAAUUGUUCUUAAAAGAUUAAGAAUUAAUACAUGACACCACACAAAUAACCCUUAAUGAUCUCCGUAUGGAGAGAAUGUAUAAUAAAAUAAUGCUGAAAUUGAAAACAUAUAGCAUACAUAGGCCCAGUUAUCAUGACCAAUGACAACUGAUUUAUUUUAUUUUGGUUUAUCGUUUUGGUUUUGUUU